AUAAUUAUUUUGUGAAGACUCCGAAACAUGGCAGACAAGCUUGCUGAUGGUGUGGUUAAUCUCGACAUAAAGGACGAGAAAAAGGCACGAUAACCAUUGAAACUACCCAUAUUCACCUUAAUUCUAUGUCUCCUUUUAUAUUUAGAAGUUUUUUGAGAAUACCAAGUCGAAUUUAUCUCAGGAACGCUUGCAAAACAAUGAGCCACGAACCGUGAAGCCACUGGACUCCAUCACGUUGUGAUAAAUCUACCAUGCGUACAGGUGAUCAAAUUGGCUGACAAAAUGCCAUCUUGUGCUUUAGUAAACUGCAAAAACAGGCGCGUUCGUGGAUGUGGAAAGACAUUUCAUAGAUUUCCAUUCAGUAAACCUAUUGUAUUGGAACAAUGGAUUGUGAACAUGAACCGAGGUGAUUGGAGACCAUCUAAGAAUUCACUACUUUGUUCAGACCAUUUUGAAGAAUACUGCUUCGAUAGAACUGGUCAGACAACAAGGAUCAGAGAAAAUGCUGUGCCUACAAUAUUUGACUCUUCAGCGAAUAUACAGAAAUGUACGAAGAAACGAAAAUCAACUGAAGAGCAAUUGUCUUUCCAUGAGGUGAAACGGCCUGAAAUUCCUGCAUUCAAGACCGACCAUUCAUACUUCACAAGCGAAGGUCCACAAUCUACCAAACAUAAAUUAAAUGCUGCACUUGAAAGGAUUUCUUCCAUGAAGAGCAAGAUAAAAACCAAGCAGCAAAAAACUCGACGACUUCAUAAGAAAGUAUCCUCUUUGAAAAAUAUCAUUGCGGCAACUCGGAAAAACAAUAUGAUUUCUAGGAAUGGUGCAGAGCUUUUGCUAAAUAAAUUUUCAAAUACUCCAUCAAACGUAAUGAAAAGAAAGUUAAACAAAAAAGUAGACAAUGCUGCAAGUCAGAAACAAACAAAGUCGAAAGGAAAAGAUAAAAAAGGUGGCGAUGGAUCAAAGACAAGUGCAGUAGAGUUGAACCCUUGGCCAGAAUACAUCCAAACACGUAUUGAUUUGUUUGACAAAUUGAAAGCAAAAUAUUUGGAAGAUCUUGCAGCCAAGGAGCAAAGCCCUAUCAAGGUUACUCUUCCAGAUGGAAAGGUUGUGGAUGGCCAGUCUUGGAAAACUACCCCAUAUGAGGUUGCUAAGUCUAUAAGUCAAGGUCUUGCAGACAAUUCAGUCAUUUCCAAAGUGAAUGGAGAAUUAUGGGAUUUAGACCGCCCUCUAGAGGCUGAUUGUAGCAUCCAGCUGUUGAAGUUUGAGAAUGAAGAAGCACAGUCUGUGUUUUGGCACUCAAGUGCUCAUAUUCUUGGUGAAGCCAUGGAACGUCAUUAUGGUGGAUGCCUAUGCUACGGCCCUCCAAUUGAAAAUGGUUUUUAUUAUGAUAUGUUUAUUGAAGACAGGCAAGUUUCAAGUAACGAAUUUAGCUCCCUUAACCAGAUUGUGAAGUCUGCCAUCAAAGAAAAGCAACCAUUUGAAAGACUAGAGAUGACUAAAGAGGACCUGCUGAAGAUGUUUGAGUACAAUCCAUUCAAACAAAGGAUUCUAAAUGAGAGAGUUACUACUCCUACUACAACUGUUUACAGAUGUGGACCACUUAUUGAUUUGUGCCGUGGACCUCAUGUCAGACAUACUGGCAAAAUCAAGGCCUUUGAUAUUACAAAAAAUUCAGCCACCUAUUGGGAAGGAAAUUGUGAAGCCGAGAGCUUGCAGCGUAUUUAUGGAAUAUCAUUCCCAGAUACAAAACAACUGAAGGAAUGGAAGACAUUCCAAGAGGAAGCAGCCAAGAGGGACCACAGGAAAUUAGGACGGGACCAGGAGCUGUUUUUCUUUCAUGAGCUAAGCCCAGGCAGUUGUUUCUUCCAGCCUAAGGGAGCACAUAUCUACAACACCCUUGUUGACUACAUCAAAUCUGAGUACCGUAAGCGAGGAUUCCAGGAAGUGAUCAGCCCUAACAUCUACAACAGUAAGUUGUGGAUGACAUCAGGCCAUUGGCAGCACUACCAGGACAAUAUCUUCAAGUUUGAUGUAGAGAAGGAAACAUUUGCUUUGAAACCAAUGAACUGUCCAGGCCAUUGCCUUAUAUUUGACCACCGUCCAAGGUCUUGGCGGGAACUUCCAUUCCGAAUGGCUGACUUUGGUGUUCUUCAUCGAAAUGAAUUAUCAGGUGCUCUCUCUGGUCUGACCAGAGUACGUAGGUUUCAGCAAGAUGAUGCCCAUAUCUUCUGUGUCCAAGAUCAGAUUAAAACAGAGAUAGCUGGAUGCUUUGACUUCUUAAAGGCUGUGUAUAGUGUGUUUGGAUUCACAUACAAGCUAGCCCUCUCUACCAGACCCAAGACUUUCUUGGGUGAGAUUCAAAUGUGGGAUGAUGCUGAGAAGCAACUUGCAGAAAGUCUGACUGAGGCCUUUGGUGACAACUGGAAAUUAAAUCCAGAAGAUGGUGCUUUUUAUGGACCAAAAAUUGACAUCACCAUUCAAGAUGCAUUGAAGCGCUCACAUCAGUGUGCUACCAUUCAACUUGAUUUCCAGCUGCCAAUCAGAUUCAACCUCAAGUUCUCCAGUAAUGAUGGCCUGGAAAAACGACCUGUAAUCGUGCACCGUGCAAUUCUGGGAUCAGUUGAGCGAAUGAUAGCCAUUCUUACAGAAAGUUAUGGAGGCAAAUGGCCUUUCUGGAUCUCACCGCGCCAAGCAAUGGUAAUCCCUGUGAAUCCAGCACUUAAUGAUUAUGCCGUGCAGGUCAAGGAAGAAAUCUAUGAUGCUGGAUUCUGUUGCGAAGUUGACAUUGAUGUUGGGGACACCAUGAACAAAAAGAUUCGGAAUGCCCAGCUUGCCCAAUUUAACUUCAUUCUUGUUGUUGGCGAAAAGGAAGCAACGAACAAAACAGUGAAUGUUCGAACCAGGGACAACAAGGUUCAUGGAGAGCGUGCUAUUGCCGAUGUCAUUAAGAGGUUUGCUUUCUUGAAAAAGGAGAAACUACUAAAAAGUGAAGAUGAUUUCUAAUUUGAACCAACUCGAUAAACCAGAUUAGUUAACACCUGGCUGUGAUUUAUGUCAGAUUUAAUGUCCAUAUCUUUCACCAUAUAUUAUUUAUAUAUUGCGAGGGGUGAGAAAUUACUAAAUGCUGAAGGAUGAUUUCUGAGUGAAUCAGCCCAUCUCAUAAUAAAUAUUGAUGAUGCUUUUCCAUGAGAGACACAAUUUUUAUAUCCAUAUUUUACCAGGCACCAUUCCAUGUUAGGUAUUAGGAAUAGUCCUUUUACUGUUUCUAUUUUCUUCUGCAAAUUUCAUCUGAAUCUCAAUCCUGUUAUAAUCGUGAUGGAAGUCUACUGGAUGAAUUCCUUUGGUUGUGACUAAAAGUUCGAAUUUACUAUGAGACUGGUGACCCCAUGUCUUCUUUAAUACCAUAAUAAUUCCAGCAUAUUUGCAGACACAUUAAUGUAAAAUGUAUCAUUCGUCUACUUUACUGAUUUGGUAUAACAUUAAAUCUUACCUACCAAGGUCAGUGUUAUUAUGGAACUGUUUUUAGAUACCCAAAUAUCCAGGGAGGCAAGACUUUUUUCAGUCAGUAACAUCAAUGGUAAAAAAAAUGCAAACAACAAUUCAAACAAAAUGUUUUAUUGUUUAAUUUGAGUCAUUGGUGAUUAACCCUACUAUCACUACCUGUGUAUAAUCUUGGCAGGCUUCCUAAAGAAAAUAUUUAACAACAUGGCAUAUUUUUUAUAUUUUUGUGCAGUUAUGUUGUUUUGCCUUGGAACGGCCUGAUAUUUGUAGAGAAAAAUGUAACAUAAAAUUCAACGGAUUUAAUCACUAGUUAAUGGUUUCUUGAACAAUGCAGGAUAGAUUUCAUUCCUACUGGAUGGAUUCCUAUCAAGAUAAAUUUAUCCAUAUUGCCUUUUACAGGCUGCUGUAUUUCAAGAACAAUGUAACAUGAGUUUAAGAAUAGAAAUACAUAAAUUCAUCUGUAAACUACAAUUAUAUGUAAUACAGUAAGUGUUUUGAUUCAUUUUAAUGUUGUGAGUAAGCAAUCCUGGCCAUCUGUUAUGCUAAUAGAUUUCCAUCAGAAUAUUCUCAGAAAUAUCCUAGACAAUUGUCUCUGAUAAAAUGCGUUAGUAGUUGUAAACUCCUUUGUUAAUGUUUCUCAUUCUCAUUGGCUGAUUCAUGGUGUGAUGGGUUUCCCACUUGCCCAGGCCCCCUAACUUUAAAAAAAUUUAUUUACAAAAAUUGAAAAAAAA